UCAGUCCCAACUGUCCGAAUCCUGGACUGACCUCUUCCUUUUCGUUUGCUCCAAGCCUCCAACGAGACACUCUCUCGUCCUCCUGUUUCCCUCUCCUCUUUCACCACAAAAAUCUCUCUCUCUCACUUCAUUCCUAUCAUCUCAUAAAACAUCUCUCUCUCCCUCUCUCUCUCCCUCUCUCUCUCCCCAAGCUUUUCUUCAAUGGCGACUAUUAAUGUUCCGGCGAGAAUGUAUGUCUUGAAACCUGGCAAGACUAAGGCCGCUGAUCGAUUAGCUUCCUCCAAGUGCCUGACUGGUUCCGUUGGGUUCGACUGCCGACCCAGAAGAAAAUAUGCCCACAACCAUAACCACAAGAACCACAAGCAAUUUUGUACUGUUAAAUCAAUUGGGAUCACCCAGGACAGCAGCAGAGGCCAUGUCAACGGUCCUCUUGGUGGCGUUGGGAAUCUGGACUCAACUUUUGAACUUCAGUCUGAUGAGUAUGUUGUGGGCCAGCCGAAGGUAUUUUCCGAUGGUCAAAGAAAAACUAAGAUAGUAUGUACGAUUGGUCCUUCGACAAGCUCACGUGAAAUGAUAUGGAAACUGGCAGAAACUGGAAUGAACGUCGCACGUUUGAAUAUGUCACAUGGAGACCAUGCAUCUCAUCAGAAAACCAUUGAUAUUGUCAAAGAAUACAAUUCUCAAUUUGAAGACAAGGUUGUAGCAAUAAUGCUGGACACCAAGGGUCCUGAGGUUAGGAGUGGAGAUGUACCACAGCCGAUUCUACUUAAAGAAGGACAAGAGUUUAACUUCACAAUUAAAAGGGGAGUUAGCACUGCAGACACUGUUAGCGUAAACUAUGACGACUUUGUUAACGACGUGGAGGUUGGUGACAUUAUUCUAGUUGAUGGUGGAAUGAUGUCUUUAGCUGUAAAGUCAAAGACAAAAGAUGUGGUUAAAUGUGUGGUAGUUGAUGGUGGAGAACUAAAAUCAAGGCGCCAUCUAAACGUGCGUGGAAAAAGUGCAACUCUGCCUUCAAUAACAGAAAAGGACUGGGAAGAUAUCAAGUUUGGAGUGGACAAUGGAGUUGAUUUCUAUGCUGUAUCAUUUGUAAAAAAUGCUGCAGUGGUACACGAGUUGAAAGAUUAUCUCAAAGGUUGCAAUGCAGAUAUUCAUGUUAUUGUAAAAAUAGAAAGCGCGGACUCUAUACCAAAUCUUCAUUCAAUAAUUUCUGCAUCUGAUGGGGCGAUGAUUGCUCGUGGAGACCUUGGAGCUGAGCUGCCAAUUGAGGAAGUUCCUCUGUUGCAGGAGGACAUCAUUAGAAGGUGUCGCAAUGUGCAGAAACCAGUGAUUGUAGCAACAAACAUGCUGGAGAGCAUGAUUGAUCAUCCUACGCCGACCAGGGCAGAAGUCUCUGACAUUGCAAUUGCAGUCAGAGCAGGUGCUGAUGCAAUCAUGCUUUCUGGAGAAACUGCCCAUGGAAAGUAUCCAUUGAAGGCUGUCAAAGUUAUGCAUACUGUAGCAUUAAGGACUGAGUCAAGCCUACCAGUUAGCACUAUUCCUCCAAUACAACUGAGGACCUUUAAGAAACAUAUGGGGGAAAUGUUUGCUUUCCAUUCCACAACUAUAGCAAACAGUCUCAAUACACCCAUCAUUGUUUUCACAAGGACAGGUUCCAUGGCUGUGCUUUUAAGCCAUUAUCGUCCUUGCUCAACGAUCUUUGCCUUCACAAACGAAGAGAGAAUUAAGCAGAGAUUGGUUCUUUAUCACGGUGUCCGCCCCAUAUAUAUGCAGUUCUCAAAUGAUGCGGAGGAGACUUUCUCAAGAGCAAUAAAGCUGCUAGUGGCAAAGGAUCUUUCGAAAGAGGGACAGUUUGUAACUCUCGUCCAAAGCGGUGCACAACCAAUCUGGCGUAAAGAGUCUUCUCACCAUAUCCAAGUUCGUAAAGUUGAAGGUUGAUUUCGAACCUGUGAGGAAUUUUCUUUUUAUAGCUGCUAGUAUUUGAAUUGAAGUUUCAGUUCAACUAGUUGAUAAAUCUUGUGAAGUAUCGUUCAGAGAAUGGCUGAAGAAAGACUAUCAACUUCGUGUCCUGUAAAUUUUGGAAUGAAUCUCUAUAUAUGGAAGAGCUAUAUCAUUAUGUAUGA